AUGGCGGAGGUGGUAGCCCUGGCUUCGAGCAUCAUCGCCAUCAUCCAGCUCGCCGAUCGCGUCAUCAGCGUCACAAAACACUGUCUCGGCUCCAUACGUGACUGCCCAUCCGACAUCCGGGCAAUUCUCGUGGAGAUAUCGUCGCUCAAGGCCGUUCUCGAGAGCCUCAGCUUCUUUUUGGAUGGCAGCAACGCCGGCCCCGAGCCACCUCUGAUACGGCAUCUCACGGGGGAACAUGGGCCGAUAGAAGGAUGUCGCAGUUCCAUUAGAGAGUUAGAGGGGCUUUUGCCGUCGGACAUGAGAACAGUACGGGGCAAGAGGCAGAAAGUCUUGACCGCUGUAGAACAUCUGGCGUGGCCGCUCCGAGAAAAGUCUGCGAGAAAGCUGAUUGACAACAUCUCGCGCUACAAGGCCUCCAUUGUAUUUGCUGUGACCUACGACUCCAGCAAGGACAUCAGAGAUAUCCAAAAGGAUCUCAGGCGAGUCAAAGAAUCGUUGACUCGCGCCGAACACGAUACUAUAUGCAACUGGCUCGAGGCCACAAACCCAUCAAGCAACCAUAACAACGCCUCGAGACUCCAUGAAGAACAUACAGGUCUCUGGAUGAGUCGAGACCCACAAUGGCAAGACUGGCUCAACGGGAAGAGAAAGUUCCUGUGGCUGCAUGGUAUACCCGGAGCGGGCAAGACUGUCCUCGCCUCGUUCCUAGUCGAGGAAUGUCUGAAUGCCUCCUGGCAGAGGAGGCAGAGCGAGCCUGGCAUGCCGCACGAGAAGCCCGUCGCCUGCGUGUACUACUACUGUUACUUUGCGAGAAACCAGGACGAGGCCAUGCCAUUCCUGCGAUGGCUGACUACUCAACUUUGCCGCCAGGCAGCACUGAUUCCGGCCGAAAUUGAUAAGCUGUUUCUGCUUAAGCAUGCGCCUAAGCUUUCGCAGCUAUUGACGGCGGUCCACGUUCUUCUAGAGGAGUUCAAGGCCGUUUUUGUGAUUAUCGAUGCAGUGGAUGAAAGCCAGCCGCGUGAGGAACUGCUCAAGGUUAUCCGAGAUCUCGCAACCGAUCGCAGGUUCGACGGCCUCCAGCUCUUGGCCACAAGUCGCGAGUACUACGACAUCGAGUUUUGCUUCUCUGAUAUCUCCUCGUCUAUAUCUAUGAGUAACCCCGCGGUUGAGUGCGAUAUUCGAAGCUAUGUGCAUUCUGUCAUUGCCUCAGACCGAAAGUUUGCAAAAUGGCCAAAGACCCUGGCCACAGAAGUCGAAAAUGCACUGGCAAGCGGUGCAAAAGGAAUGUGA